AUGUCAGUCCGAAACGGGUCUGCCAGUGAUGCAGACUGCCAGAUCUCUGAGGACUGCAAUGUCCCAGAUGUUGAGCUGAAGGAGCUCGGCCCACUGCUGGAGGAGGGUGGGGGUCGGCAGGUGCCGUCUAAGGGCGUCCAUCCAGAGGGCGCGGCGAUGCUUGCCGACGAUGAAGAGGAUGAUGAUGAGGUCGGAGAGGUUCUGACCUUGCCUCUUCAGGCUCACCAUGCCAUGGAGAAAAUGGAGGAGUUUGUGCACAAGGUCUGGGAAGGUCGCUGGAGGGUCAUUCCCUUUCAUGUCCUGCCUGAUUGGCUGAAGGACAACGAUUACCUCCUGCAUGGACAUCGACCUCCAAUGCCUUCGUUCAGGGCCUGUUUCGGGAGCAUCUUCAGAAUUCACACCGAGACGGGAAACAUCUGGACUCAUCUGUUAGGGUUGAUCUUAUUCGUUUGUCUGGGCACUUUAACCAUGUUGCGCCCCAACAUGUAUUUUAUGGCACCUCUGCAGGAGAAGGUUGUGUUUGGGAUGUUCUUCCUGGGAGCAGUCCUCUGCCUCAGCUUCUCCUGGCUUUUUCAUACCGUCUACUGCCACUCGGAAAAAGUCUCUCGCACGUUCUCCAAGCUUGACUACUCCGGCAUUGCCCUCCUGAUCAUGGGUUCCUUCGUGCCCUGGCUGUACUACUCCUUCUAUUGUUCCCCUCAGCCUCGACUGAUCUACCUCACCAUUGUAUGUGUUCUCGGCAUCGCUGCCAUCAUAGUUGCCCAGUGGGACAGGUUCGCCACCCCUCGUCACAGGCCAACAAGAGCAGGCGUGUUCAUGGGUCUUGGACUAAGUGGCAUUGUCCCCACCAUGCACUUCACCAUCGAGGAAGGCUUUGUGAAGGCCACCACAGUCGGACAGAUGGGUUGGUUUUAUCUGAUGGGCGCCAUGUACAUCACUGGUGCCGGCCUGUACGCAGCCAGGAUCCCCGAACGCUUCUUCCCCGGAAAGUGUGACAUCUGGUUUCAUUCUCAUCAGAUUUUCCAUGUCCUGGUCGUGGCGGCAGCGUUCAUUCAUUUCUACGGCGUCUCCAACCUGCAGGAGUUUCGCUACGGCCUUGAAGGAGGAUGCACAGAUGACUCUCUACUCUGAAAGGCCCGACUGUGACUUACUUUUUCUUUACAGCUACACCCACAAACAAACAACCACACACAUACACGCAAAAUGCUGCUGGACAUCAGUAUAGUCUCUCUUUGCUCCUUCUGUACUUCUGGGUUGCUUACAUCUUCUUUGGGUUUUAGUGAUCUUUCUGCUUUGGCUCCUUUUUGCUCCAGUAAAGUAGCACUUACUAGCCAACGUUCUACGGAGGGAACCGACAUUACUUAUUACUGUAACUGUCAGAUAAGUGUUAAAGAUAGUGUUUUCAGCUAGGAUUAAAGUGGCAUUUUUAACCAAGUCUGAUAGCCUCUUCAUAGAUUCUCUCUGUUACCCUAAACCUCUUCAUGGUCUGUUACAGUUGCACAAAAGGGUACAGAGGGUAAAAUUAGUGAUGCUAAAGGAGGAGGCACGAACUGCAAGUCACCCCCCCCCCCCCCCCCCUCACUUGCAGGUUAAGCAGAUGGCUGGAAGCCCAACAGCAGCGUGGAGGCUGGGGAGAACAGACACGACUGUGUUAGGAGUAGAAACCCGUACGGAUGUCACCCGAUGUUUGUUUCCUUUGUAUUGGUAUUGAUUGCCCAUGUUUGGCUUCUCAGCAAUAAAAAACGAAAAGGAAAAAAAAAAGAAAAAAGUUGAAUUUCCAAAAAUCCCAUUCGAUGGAAAACUCCAGUGUUUUUAUAUUGUUUUUAAGGGAAAUUUGGAUCGUCUAUCCUGUCACUCCAGAGGAGGAGAGUCUCUAUUGAGAGAAUCAAAUAAAUUCAUUGUUUCUGACGUCUUUGAUGAAGCUAAUCCAAACUUGACGGGUCGCGGUAUUCCGCCUCCUGUCGACAAACAUCCAAAAAACGGACUACUAGUGAACUGUUCAACGCAACAGAGAAGCUCGAGUUGUUUGUAGCUGCUGUGUUUAAAAAGAAAUUAAAAAUAGAGCAACCUAAUUUAGGUUAGACUGGGACAAAGUCUACAUGCCAACACUGAUCAAUUGGGGACAACGCUUCAGUUACACUCUUUAUUGUUACUAGUUCCUGAGCUGCGACCAACGUGCGGAUCUGAAUCGGCGAUCAAAAAUGCAUCUUAGUCAGCUGGAGAUCUUUCUUUUCUGCUUGAUUUCAGAUGUUAAGCGGUGCCGCUGUUUAGCGCACCUUACUUUUAGAGGAUUAAAUUCAUGACUGUAAAUCAUUAAAAGAAGUUUAAACCGUGUUCUGGAUGAUUGGUAGAAACCUUUGCGUAUUCCUGUGCCUUAGGCCAACGGAAAUGUUUUUAAAUAAAACGGCCCAUCUUUACAGUCAAAGGAGCAUCCAGGAUUUGGGUUUUAGAGUUUGUUUUUUUUCCUGGUUUUCCUCGCCAUGUAUACAAUCAAAUCAUUAAUAAAGUUGCAAUUCUGUUGAUAGGUUGUUCACAAUGCUGUUAAGGAUUCCUUUUUUCUAGAUGACCUUAUUCAAGCUUUAUUAUGACGACUAAACAUGAGUAUCCCCUGACUUUGUGUAAUGUUCUGUGUAGAAAGUGAUAAAUCAUACAUUUCUUUGAAAUGUAAAUCUAAAUAUUUAUUAAUGGUAAUAUUGGAAAAUUAUUGUAAUAAAUUCUUUUCCACAUGUAAAA